UUCUGGAUGCUCUUAGCCCAAACCGCAUGAAGGAUUGUACCCAGACCAUCCAAACCAAAGUCCCUCCUCUUCUUUCUCUCUGUUCCGUCUCUGGCUCAGCAUCUCUCCUCCUCCCCUCCAGCACACCUAGACCAUCUCAGUCCAGCACAGGAGAGGAUGUGCACCAGCGUCUAGUGGAUAUCCUGCUCUUUUUUUCUGCAAGAGCAGAAGUGUGAGAAGACAAGUGUUUGAGGGACAGAAGAGCAAAGGAAGGAGAAAUGCCAUUGGGGGGGUUUGCGGGUCUAAAGGAGAAGCUCAAACCGGGGAAGGAGGAGUUGAAGAACAGUGUGGGUGACUCUCUGGGGAACCUGCAGAAGAAGAUCGAUGGUUCUAAUGCGGCUGAAGAGGACAACAUUGAGCUGACAGAAGAUGGUCGGCCAGUGGCGGCCCCUAAACACAGCCCACCCUUUUUUGAUUGUGGCUGCUUUGGCCUCCCCAAACGUUACAUCAUCGCCAUCCUCAGCGGACUUGGCUUUUGCAUCUCGUUUGGCAUCCGCUGCAACCUCGGUGUAGCCAUUGUAGAAAUGGUUAACAACAACACUGUCUACAUCAACGGGACUGCAGUCAUGCAGCCAGCUCAGUUUAAUUGGGAUCCAGAGACAGUGGGAUUGAUACACGGCUCUUUUUUUUGGGGCUACAUUGUCACUCAAAUCCCUGGAGGUUUCAUCUCCAAUAAGCUAGCAGCUAACAGGGUGUUUGGAGCAGCCAUUUUCUUGACGUCAGUGCUAAACAUGUUUAUUCCAUCAGCUGCCAGGGCCCACUAUGGCUGUGUCAUGUUUGUGCGAAUCUUACAAGGACUGGUGGAGGGUGUCACAUAUCCAGCCUGCCAUGGGAUGUGGAGCAAAUGGGCUCCUCCACUGGAAAGAAGUCGUCUGGCUACUACCUCGUUCUGUGGAUCUUAUGCAGGAGCUGUGAUAGCCAUGCCACUGGCUGGAAUAUUAGUGCAGUAUGUAGGCUGGCCCUCUGUCUUCUAUAUAUAUGGUGUGUUUGGCAUAAUAUGGUAUAUUUUCUGGCUCUUGCUGGCUUAUGACAGUCCAGCAAUCCAUCCCACUAUCAGUGAAGAAGAAAGGACAUACAUAGAGACCUCUAUUGGGGAAGGAGCCAAUUUAAUGAGUUCUACUGAGAAAUUUAAAACUCCUUGGCGUGAAUUCUUCACAUCUAUGCCUGUCUACGCAAUCAUUGUGGCAAACUUCUGCCGUAGCUGGACCUUUUACCUCCUGCUCAUUAGUCAGCCAGCUUACUUUGAAGAGGUCUUUGGGUUCCCCAUCAGCAAGGUGGGCAUUCUGUCAGCGGUGCCACACUUGGUGAUGACGAUCAUUGUGCCGAUAGGAGGCCAGCUGGCUGACUUCCUGAGGAGUCGGAAAAUCCUCUCUACUACAACCGUGCGCAAAAUUAUGAACUGUGGAGGUUUUGGAAUGGAGGCCACGUUGCUCCUGGUGGUUGGGUUCUCACACACACGUGCAGUGGCCAUCUCAUUCCUCAUCCUGGCAGUGGGCUUCAGUGGAUUUGCGAUAUCAGGAUUCAAUGUAAACCAUCUGGACAUAGCUCCUCGCUAUGCCAGCAUUCUUAUGGGCAUCUCUAAUGGAGUAGGUACCCUGUCUGGAAUGGUGUGCCCCCUCAUUGUCGGAGCACUUACCAAACACAAGACUCGCCUGGAGUGGCAGCAUGUCUUUGUGAUUGCUUCCAUGGUGCAUUACACUGGCGUGCUCUUCUAUGCCAUCUUUGCCUCUGGUGAGAAGCAGGACUGGGCCGAUCCUGAGAACACCAGUGACGAGAAAUGCGGCAUCAUCGGGGAAGAUGAGCUGGCUGAUGAGACCGAGCACAACAGUGACAGUGCCCUGGCCACCAAGCAGAAGACCUAUGGAACCACAGAAAGCUCUGCAGGCCGCAAGCAAGGCUGGAAGAAGAAGAGAGGCACGACCAUGCAAGCAGAUGAAGAUCACGGAUCAAAUCAUUCUGAAAAUGGGGAAUAUCAGAAUCAGUAUCAAUGA